UUCCCGGCAAAUUCCCGUGGUGCCCGGUCGGUGUUCCUGGCAAAUACACAUCGCCUUUUGGAAGUUUUUUUCGUUGUUUCCGAAACCCAAUAAACAGACACCAUGUCGACCGACAAGGAUGAGCUGGUGCAGCGGGCCAAGCUGGCUGAGCAGGCAGAGCGCUAUGAUGAUAUGGCCGCUGCCAUGAAAAAUGUCACUGAAACAGGCAAUGAGCUGAGCAAUGAGGAAAGGAACCUGCUUUCUGUUGCGUACAAGAACGUGGUGGGCGCCCGUCGCAGUUCCUGGCGUGUGAUCUCCAGCAUAGAGCAGAAGACCGAGGGCAGUGAGAAAAAACAGCAGAUGGCCAAGGAGUACCGCGAGAAAGUCGAGAAAGAGCUUCGUGAGAUCUGCAAUGAUGUUCUGGGUCUGCUUGACAAGUUCCUCAUUGCCAAGGCCUCCACUGCCGAGUCACAGGUGUUCUACCUGAAGAUGAAGGGAGAUUAUUUCCGCUACCUGGCUGAGGUGGCCACUGGCGACGCCCGGAACGCAAUUGUAGAGGACUCCCAGAAGGCCUAUCAGGAUGCCUUUGAGAUCAGCAAGAGCAAGAUGCAGCCCACCCACCCCAUCCGGCUGGGACUGGCCCUGAACUUCUCCGUGUUCUACUACGAGAUCCUGAACUCGCCCGAGAAGGCCUGCCAGCUGGCCAAGCAGGCGUUCGACGACGCCAUUGCUGAGCUUGACACGCUGAGCGAAGACAGCUACAAGGAUUCAACCCUCAUCAUGCAGUUGUUGAGAGACAACCUAACGUUGUGGACGUCAGAUGCUCAG